ACACCCCGGGAUACCCCCGGGACAUCCCCGGGACAUUCCCAGGACAUCCCCAGGACACCUGAGACACCCCCGGGAUACCCCGGGGACGCCCCCGGGACCCCCGGAGGCGGCAGGAGCAGGAUGGCCGACGGGCACGGCUGGUGGAAGCUGACGUUCCUGCGGAAGCGCCAGGCAGCGCCCACGGUGCUGUACGAGAGCCCCGACGGGCACGGGGCACCGGGCGGGGACAGCGCGGAGGGGACGGGCCCGGAGGGGCCACCCGGCUACGCCGCCCGCCUGGAGAAGAUCGUGGACAAGAACACCAAGGGCAAACACGUCAAGGUCUCGCACUCCGGGCGCUUCAAGGAGAAGAAAAAAGUGAGGGCGACGCUGGCCGAGCAUCCCAACCUGUGCGGGGCCGGCGAGCGCGAGGAGAAGUGACCCCGGCGGAUGUCGCCGCUCGGGGACGCGGAGCAGAGAGGACUCAGGGUGGAAUUUAUCUGUGGGAUAAUCCGGGAGCCUGCAGGACUGACCCCGGGGUAGAGCGGGGCCGGCGCUCCCCGUCCCUCCCCAGCUCCCCAGCGCUGACUGGUUCGUACUGGGAUGAGGACACUCCCCCCAUGCCUCUGCCCCAACCCCAUUCCCAAUCCCCUCCUCCCGUCACUUUUGGUCACUUUCGGUCACUUUUUGUGCCCC